AGUAAGUCCCCCCCCCGCCCGGCAGGCCGCCCCCGAAGUGAGAGAUCGCCCGGGGGGGCGCAGCCUGGCCACCUCCGAGCGGCGACCUCCACACUUCGCCCCGCCCCACCCCCUCCCAGUUUCUCUUUCGUCCUUCUCCCGACUCCACUCUCGAAACCACCAUCCCAACCUACCCCCUUUUACUUCAGAUACCCUGUCGAGCGACAGUAGCGCCGACUCCGCUGCUUGCGGGGCCCGGUCGUGGAGAAGGAGAAGUCGCCUGCCUCGUGUAGCGCUCCCACAACGGUUCUUCCAACCGUCUCCGGCGGUGGCAACCGCUGAGGGAGCUGCGCAGCAGAGCGACUGGCUUGGGGGGAUGGGAGAGCGCGAGAGAGAAGGAGGGGGUGGAGCGAGAGCGAGGAAGACCCACCGGCCCCGCUCUCGCGAGGCAAGAGAGUCGGUCCCGCCUUGGCGCGGAAGGCAAGAAGUGCGCUUGCGCGUUGGUGGAAGGCCUGGUUGUUGGGGUCGGGGGAAGGUGGAGGGUCAGUAACUCCGCUUUUCUUGCUUACCCUAAAACCUUCAAAUUCUCAAAGCCACCUUUCUGCUUUCGCGGGGAGAUGUGAAGUGGCGAAAGUAUUCCUUCCUGUUUGUGUUGCAAGAAUCCUGGAGUCGAGUUUUGGAGAAGUCCGCUUUUUCCCAGCGAGAGCAAAUUCUCAACAAGAAGGAAAGCAGGCUAUCAGAAAUUUUGAGAACUUGCAGAAGUGCUUACAAGGAAAAUGAAGCUCCCUAUUUUCAUAGCAGAUGCAUUCACAGCAAAAGCAUUUCGUGGGAAUCCUGCUGCUGUUUGCCUCCUAGAAAAUAAAUUGGAUGAAGACAUGCAUCAAAAAGUUGCAAGGGAAAUGAACCUCUCUGAAACUGCUUUUAUCCGAAAAUUACACCCAACUGACAACUUUACACAGACUUCCUGCUUUGGACUAAGGUGGUUCACGCCAGUGAGUGAGGUUCCUCUCUGUGGCCACGCUACCCUGGCUUCUGCAGCUGUGCUGUUUCACAAAAUAAAAAACGUGAAUAGCACUCUAACCUUUGUCACUCUGAGUGGGGAACUAAAGGCCAGAAGAGCAGAGGAUGGUAUCAUCCUGGACCUGCCUCUUUAUCCAGCCCAACCCCAGGACUUCCCUGAAGUGGAGGACUUGAUAAAGACAGCCAUAGGUGACACACUGGUUCAGGACGUCCGCUAUUCUCCAGAUACCCAGAAGCUCCUUGUCCGGCUCAGUGAUAUUUACGACAGGUCAUUUCUGGAGAACCUGAGAGUGAACACACAGAAUCUGCUGCAAGUGGACAACACAGGGAAGGUGAAAGGACUCAUUCUCACCCUCAAGGGGGAGCCUGGUGGGCAGAUUCCAGCAUUUGACUUUUACUCCAGAUAUUUCGCUCCAUGGGUUGGUGUGGCUGAAGACCCUGUAACAGGGUCUGCGCAUACUGUUCUCAGCAGCUACUGGUCCCAGCACCUGGGGAAGAAAGACAUGCAUGCUUUUCAGUGUUCCAGCCGGGGAGGAGAACUGAAGAUUUCACUGCGUCCUGAUGGACGAGUGGACAUCAAGGGAGGCGCUGCUCUGGUUUUAGAGGGCACGCUGACAGCCUAGAGGUGGUUGUGCUGUGAUAUUGCUAUCUUAAAUUACUAAGUAUUUUCAGCUUAAGGGGCUGCCUUAAGCAAGCUUGCAUGGUAGUCUAGUUAAUCCACAUUGCAAAGAGAAUGAUGAAGACAUGUUAAUGGAGAUUUAAUAAUGCUUCCUGAAUGAUUAACUAAUGGAGUUUGGCUCUACUUGUGAGUGUAUUUGAAAUGUAAGUACCCAGUAACCAAGAAUAAUAUUGUACCCAGUACCCAAGAAUAAUAUCGUCACCUUUGCUUAUGAUCACCCCUCCUGGAAUGAGGAACAAAUAUAUGAGGAACAAGAUCGAACCAUUUAAGCUUAGGUGUGAAUACUUGAUAGACUAUUUUGCAGCCUAUUUUUAAAAAGGUCCCUUAGGACUGGUGGCCUAGUGGGUUAAAGACCCAGCAUUGUUUCUGCUGUGACUUGAUUCACUGCUGUGGCAUGAGUUCGAUCCCUGGCCUGGCAACUUCCACAUGCCUUGGGCGUGUCCAAAAAAGAAAAACAUCCCAAAACUAUGUGGAAAUAUAGAAAAAUAUUUCAUGGUAUAAUACCAAGAAAGAAAACUACGGUAGACUAUUAAAUGUUAGCAACGUUAUGCUGUGUCUGUGGAGGAUAUGAAUUUCUAUGGGCGAGGAUGGAACAUGAAGAUACAAAAGUGAAAAGAGUUCAUGUGUAUCUGGGGGGUAAGAUUGGAAGUAAUUUUAAGGUAUUUAAAAAAUCAUUUCCUUUACUGGGAACACACUCAUGUUUAAUAAAUAAAAAUCAAGAUGUAACUAAAUAAAUAAAAAGCCAAGAAAAUGAAAAACUAUAUGUGUAUUAGAGUAGUAGUAAAGCUAAACAUGGAAAGUAA